AACAACUUAAGCACCUUAAGAUCCUUCCUCACUUUUGUUUCUGGGGUCCUUAAGUUCUCUUCAAACGUUUACUUUCACAUCUUCUCCUCUUGUUAUAUCUUUCAUGUGAGAGAGGAAGAGAGUAAUAUUUUGAAGAUGAGUACGAGAAGAAGCAACGCAGAAGGGAAGAGGAGUUUAAGAGAAAUGAGUGAGGAAGAGGAGGAUACAUUUGAAGAAGAAGACGGAGAAGAGCAGGAGGAAGAAGAGGCUUCAGAGAAGAAGCAGAAAGGCAAAGCUACAAGUAGUAGCAGUAAUAGUGGAGUUUGUUGUCAGGUGGAGAGAUGUACUGCGGAUAUGAGCCGAGCCAAACAGUACCACAAACGACACAAAGUCUGUGAGUUUCAUGCCAAAGCUCCUGUUGUUCGGAUCUCUGGUGGUUACCAACGUUUCUGCCAACAAUGCAGCAGGUUUCAUGACCUCCGUGAGUUUGAUGAAGCCAAGCGGAGUUGCAGGAGACGCUUAGCUGGACACAAUGAGAGAAGGAGGAAAAGCACAAAUGAAUAAAACCUGUCUGAAUGUUAAUGAAACAGGCUUUGCUUGCUCUCUUCUGUCAAGUCUCUUUUUAAGCUCCUUGUAAUCUUAUGUGUCUCUCUCUGUUUCUCAAUACUGUAUGGAAUCAAAAGCUAUCUGCUUAACCUAAGACAUCAAUAAAUGCAUUGAGACCAAGUAAAUGCUUGAAGGUGAACAUGUGUAAGAAAAAUGUAUUCAAGCCAAGAUCUUAAACUAAACAUGUAUACGUUUUGUGAUCAACUUUUUUUAUUAAAAUGUGGGAGAAACUUUUGAUUC